AUGCAGUUUUCCAGCGGUUUGGGAUACGGUAGGUCCCGUAUGAGCGUGUCCUCUGUUGGGAGCAGUCGCUCGCCGAGUGUAUAUGGAGGUGCCGGGGGAUACGGCACCCGUAUCUCUCAAUCUUCUUUUUCUACGGACGGGCCAGGUCAGAUCACUAUCGGUGCCAACGAGAAGCAUACCAUGCAGAAUCUGAACGACCGUUUGGCCACCUACCUGGAAAAGGUGCACUCUCUAGAGACGGCCAAUAGCAAGUUGGAGUUGCAGAUCAAAGAGUUCUACGAGAUGAGAUCACCGACUCACAAGAAGGACCUCAGUGGGUUCUAUGCCACCAUCACAGACAUCCGCAACAAGAUCCAAGCCAGGUCUGUGGAGAACGCUCAGAUGAUCCUGCGGGUGGAUAAUGCCAGAGUUGCAGCUGAUGACUUCAAGAUGAAGUUAGAGACGGAGGCUAACAUGCGUAUGACGAUGGAAGGGGAUGUAGCUCGUCUGAGAGGAGUGCUGGACAGCUUUAUGCUCACCAGAGGAGACUUGGAGAUGCAGAUUGAGGGGCUGAAGGAGGAGCUGGUCUACCUCAGGAAGAACCAUGAGGAGGAGAUGCAUUUGAUGCGGACGCAGCAUUGUGGUGCUGUGAAUGUGGAGAUGGACUGUGCUUCCUCAGUGGACAUGAGUAAGGUGCUGGAGGAGAUGAGGACCCAGUAUGAGGGCAUGGUGGCGAAGAACCAGAGAGAUGCUGCCAAGUGGUUUGAGAGCAAGGUGGAGGUGCUUCAGAGCCAGAUCACCACCAGCACCACAGAGGUGAAGACCUCUCAGUCUCAGGUGACCGACCUGAAGAGGACCUUCCAGAGCCUGGAGAUUGAACUGCAUGGCCUGCUCACUCAGAAGGGGUACCUGGAGCAGAGUGUCGCUGAUAUAAAUGGCCGCUACAGCUCCCAGCUGAGCCAGCUGCAGGUUUGUAUCAACAGCAUGGAGGAGGAGCUGCAGCAGCUCAACGUCAGCAUCCAGCAGCAGGCCUCCGAGUACCAGAUCCUCCUGGACAUCAAGAUGAGGCUGGAGAUGGAGAUUGCUGAGUACAGGAGGCUGCUGGAUGGAGAGGGAUUCAGGCAUGUGGAGACCAGACAGGAGGUCAGGAAAGUGAUCGUGGUCGAGAAGGUCCAGGAACAACAAGUCCAAGAAGUGGUGGAAGAGUAUAAUCCACACAUGCAGAAGCGGGUGAGGGUGAUCGUGGAGGAGAUGGUGGAUGGGAAGGUGGUGUCCACCUCAGUUGAUGAGAAGGUCCAGGAUAUGAACUAA